GUCACUCACUGCCUCCUCGUCUUCUUCAAAGUUGAAUCUUUCCUUAGUUCUCGUUAUCCCGAAAUCAACAUCUUCACCAGGAAGCCUCAACUGAGACUCGCGACGAUGCCAGCGGAAAAAAACGGCGGGAAAACGCUAAAGUAGAUAACUUGGGGUCUUUUGACUUAGCCAUGCGUGUAAUGGCGUCAAUCAUUCAUCUGCUCUCUCCAGAUUAUUGUUCAGAGAUUCCAAAACAACAAGCUCUCCAGAUUUAUGGGUAAAGAAGGAGCUCGAAAUUAUCAUGUGGUGGUUGUUAAAUCAAUUUACCAGAGGAAGCUUUUUAUUUCCUAUUUUUCUUAGAAGAAAAAAGACGUGAGAGUUUCGGUAAUGAAGUCGAUAAUUCAAAGAUGGAGACAUUGAGGAGGAGACAAGUGAAUUACGAAGCUGCUGCUUCUUCUACUAAUAUUGUGCCUCAAUGCUGCUGAUUCUGCCUCUACCGUCAAGUAUCUUCCCGGCUUUGAAGGCCCUCUUCCUUUUGAGCUCGAAACUGGGUAUAUUGGUGUUGGUGAGGAAGAGGAAGUGCAAUUGUUCUACUACUUCAUCAAGUCUGAGAGGAAUCCAGAAGAAGACCCUCUUCUUAUCUGGUUAAGUGGAGGACCUGGCUGCUCUUCUCUCUCUGGUCUUCUUUAUGAGAAUGGGCCUGUGACUCUGAAAUCUGAGGUUUACAAUGGAACUCGUCCUUCUUUGGUCUCUACUACGUAUUCAUGGACUAAGACUACGAGUAUAAUAUAUUUGGAUCAGCCUGUUGGAACUGGCUUUUCCUACUCAAGAACUCAACUUGCUGAGAAACCCAGUGAUUCAGGAGAAGCCAAGCGGAUCCACGAGUUUCUUCACAAGUGGCUAAACAAGCAUCAAGAGUUUUUCUCCAAUCCUUUCUAUGUCGGUGGAGAUUCUUAUUCCGGUAUGGUUGUUCCGGCACUUGUUCAAGAAAUCUCACAAGGAAACUAUUUAUGCUGCGAACCUCCAAUAAACCUUCAGGGGUAUGUACUCGGAAACCCGUUAACAGAAGUUGAAAUCGAUUAUAACCAUCGCAUUCCUUAUGCUCAUGGAAUGGCACUGAUUUCAGAUGAACUUUACGAGUCGAUGAAGAGAAUCUGCAAAGGAGAAUAUGUAACUGUUGAUCCAAGUAACACGGAAUGCUUGAAACUCGUUGAAGAAUAUCAGAAGUGCACUAAUAGAAUAAACAACCAACUUAUCUUGACGCCAUUGUGUGAAGAAUCUGAAGAUACAUCUCCCGAUUGCUAUACUUAUCGGUACGUGUUAACUACCUACUGGGCCAAUGAUGAGAGUGUACGCAGGGCUCUUCAAAUAAAUGAGGGGAGUAUAAGGGAAUGGGUACGUUGUUAUUGGGAAAUACCUUACACUAGAGACAUUAAAAGCAGCUUACCAUACCAUAUGAAUAACAGCAUCAAAGGCUAUCCUUCUCUCAUCUUUAGUGGUGAUCACGACCUGACUAUUCCUUUCCUUGGAACUCAAGCUUGGAUUAGAUCUCUUAACUAUUCUCUCACUGAUGACUGGAGACCGUGGAUGAUAGGCGAUCAAAUCGCUGGAUACACGAGGACUUAUGCCAAUAAGAUGACAUUUGCUACUGUCAAAGGAGGAGGACACACUCCAGAGUAUAAACCAGAGGAGAGUUAUAUCAUGUUCCAAAGGUGGAUCAAUGGCCAACCUCUUUAACAAAGAAAAAUAUCAAUUCUAUCAAAGCGUGUAUAUAUAUAUAUAUAUUAUUAGUGAAACCUUCGACUUUUUAAGUGAAACUUAUAAAAAUUUGUCAGUCUAGAUUGGUUUCUCAAAUUGU